AUGCCUUAUAGUAAACUUCAAAAUCUUUGGGAAGGAACCAAGAUCUCCGACGUUGUACCAGCUUGCAGAGCUUUGAAGCCACAGGAAAAAAUGGACUUUCUUCAAGUUCUCAACCUCAGUGGUUGUGUGGAAGCCAAAAGCUUUCCCAAAGGACGUCCACCUAACAUCAAAGAAUUGUAUCUCAAUGGAACCGGCAUCAGAGAAAUACCAGCUUCCAUCGAGGCUCUUUCCUGUAGUAAAGCUGGACGUUGGGAACUGCAUAAAGCUUAUGGAUUUUCUUGCAGUGCUCAAUCUUUCAGGCCAUUCGGCUCAAGAGCUUCCCUGAGAUUGUGA